GGGAGGUUACUCCAUCUGCUUUCGUUUUCGGAAAAAGAAAGUCAGAGAUGUUUUUUUGGUAAAAACUGGGGCCAAUAGGGAUCAAUUGAGUAAAAGUGGGACCAAUAUUGACAGCCCCAGAGGCAAACAGAAAACUGGCAAAUCAUGAGUCUUACAAAAGUACUUUGGUCACCAAUCAAUAGUGAUAAGUUUCUGAGCUACUGUGGAACCAAAAUAAAUCUUUAUAAUGUUAUAAAAUAUGAAGAAAAAAUAGGCUCGCAUGGAACACAAGGAAAAAUAUUAUCAGAAGAUUCAGUGGCUAUACCUCAAGGAGAACAGUUGGAAAUUAACUUAUUAAAGACAGUUGAAUGGUGUCCAAAACCAGACCAUGAUGACAUUAUAGCAUGUGGACUGGUCAAUGGUAAAGUCCAGUUAAGAAGUUUUGAUAAGGACAGCAAUAGUGACUUGGUUGACAAGGAAUUUGUACCAAGACAUCCAAGGCAUUGUUUAUAUUUAUUUUGGAACCAUAUGGACAGUAGUUUGUUGGCUGAGGGAUUAGACAAGUCAAGAAAUGAUAGCUGUAUACUGAUCUGGAAUGUUAAGUCUGGUGGAGAAUAUGAACGACAGAGAUAUAGCUCUAAUACUAGUGAAUCUUCAUCUAUCUACAAACCAUUCUUAGAAAUAGGUAAUUACAAUGACAUGACUGCCUCAUUUAGUUGGUUCCGUAAAGAUAGCAGAUUAUUUGUAUGUGGAAUGAACAAUCGACAUCUUAGGAUAUACGAUCUCAGGGAUGCGAAAGAGCCAAAACAAUCAACAACAACAAAACUUAUCAAUGGUGUGGUCACAGAUCCUAAAAAUCAGAACAGAAUAGCUUCUUUUCAUGAGAACAAUGUGUCAGUUUGGGAUACCAGACAUUUUGAUAAACCUAUUUUAACAUUGCAAGAACCCAAAAAUAUAGUCAAGCUGAGAUGGUGUCCUACAAGGAAUGGUUUUCUAGGAGUUUUAUAUCGAGAAAGUACUUCAGUCAAAUUAUAUGACAUCAGACACACUCCUCAAGGUAUAGAUGAACUUGAACCUAACUACAUUGACAGGACUAUAUCUCCUAACAGUGGUGGACAAUAUGUGACUGCCUUCAAUUGGCAUCCCAAACAAGAAAACAGACUACUGAUUGCAUGCGCAAAUGGUGCUAUCAAAGAUAUGAUAGUACAUGAAAGAAUUCCUGUGAUAUGGUCUCCACAGUUUCAUAUAACCUGGGGUAAUGGAAAGAAAUUAGUAGACCAGGAACUCAAAUCUACAGACAUAUCACUUCUGAUGAAAGAAAGAGCUUCUAAAGGAUACGGGUUACAGUCUGAUCAUGUUUUCCACAAUGUACAACUAGUGAAAGAAGAUGCCAAGCUGUAUGGUAUGUGGAGAUGGUUAUCAUUAUCCCAUGAUAUGGUUGAAGAACCCAAAUCUCAGGGUCAAUCCUAUAAACACAGUGGUGUAUAUCAUCUGAUGGACUUCAACAAAGGCAGUACCAUGAAAUAUCAGUCAUUCCAGUAUACAGAUGGUAGUACUGGUACCAAAUACUUUAUGAGACAGUAUCUCAGUGAAGAAAGAGACAAGGUUUUACAGUUGUGUGGCUGGGGUAACAGUGAUAACACAGAAGGGUUAAAUCUUUUUCUCAAAGAAUUACAUAAGAAUGGACAGACAUCCAAAGCUGCAGCCAUAGCACUGUUUAACUUGAAGUUUGGACAAACUAUAGAAAUACUCAGCGGAAAAUACAAGCAUCAAACAGAAGACAGUACAAUGAUGAAUGCUGUUGCCAUGGCUAUAUCAGGUUACUCAGAAGAUAAACAAACAUUAUGGAGGAAAACCUGUUCCGCAUUACUACACAAGUUAAAUGAUCCAUACCUCAGAGCAAUAUUUGCAUUUUUAUCAUGUGAAAAAGACAAUUAUCAAGAAAUUCUGGACAUGAAGGAUCUUAAUCUAUGUGACAGAGUGGCUUUUGCUGCACUAUAUCUUUCAGACAGUAAGCUUCAAGAGUUUAUGGAAUCAUUGAUAAAGGAAGUGAAAGAAAAUGGAGAUUUGGAUGGUUUGUUGUUAACAGGUUUAACAAGUGAUGGUAUAGACCUAUUACAAAGACACCUAGAUAGAACUGGUGACAUACAGACUGUAGCUUUAGCCAUUGUUUAUAGCUUGCCUUGCGAUAUUACUAAAGAAGACAAAGAAAAAGUGGUCAUGUGGAUCCAAUGCUACAGAGAAAUGUUAGACAGGUGGCAGCUGUGGCACUACAGAGCCAAACUUGACAUCAUUUGGCACCAUAAUGAUAUUAGUACCAGAGUACCAUCGCAGGCUUUCAUCAGUUGUAAUUUCUGUGGCAAAAGUAUUGCCUGUAACCUGCCUAUGGUACAAAGAUCUUUACCUUUUAUGUCAGGUCCUAUGGCAGCUAAUUUUAACAGACCAAAGGUAACCUGCUGUCCAGGAUGUAGGAAGCCAUUACCUCGUUGUGCACUGUGUCUAACAAACUUAGGCACCCCUUCAGGUACAGGGUUGUACCAUCAUAAGGAAAAAUUGGGUUUAGACAGUAAAUUAUCUCCCUUUCAAGACUGGUUUUCUUGGUGUCAAUCUUGUCGUCAUGGUGGACAUGUUUCCCAUUUAUUUGAAUGGUUUGAUGAACAUUCAGAAUGUCCGGUAACAGGAUGUACAUGUAAUUGUGUAUCCAGAGAUCAUCUAGAAAGACUAAGUUUAAAAGCAGUGGUGUGACACAAAAUAAAAUUUUAUAUAUUUCUUGCAAUGUUCUCAAUAUGUCACAAGCUUUAAUAUCAAA